AUGAAUAAUAAUAACAGCAAUAUUUUAAUAAAAUCAGAAUUAUUAAAUGAUGAACAAAAAUAUAUUUUUACAUCAGAUAGACAAUUAGUGGAUUUUGUGGAAAUUGGAACUCUUUCUUUUUUAAUUGUUUUUGGAACUCUUUUAAAUUUUUUGUCUUUUGCCAGAUUAAUACGUUUUUCUCGGUGAGUUUAAGGGAGCGAUUGAAGAAAGAAGUUUUUAGGAAAAAAUUAAAUCUUAACUUGCUUCCAAGACAGGGUUAUCCAAGGAUUUUAACUAAUAUU